GGCUGUGAAGAGCCCGUGCCUGCCUUUUGCAGAGUUUAGCGCUGGGCUGCCAAGAUUGAGGGCAGCUACGUAACUUUUCUUAAGGUUCUCGUCCCGGGAAAUACAGGACAUACUGUUGAUAUGAACACAUUUUUGGAUGAUCCAGAAUUUGCAGAAAUUAUUCUGAGAGCAGAACAGGCUGUAGAGUGUGGAGUUUUUCCAGAAAGAAUCUCUCAAGGAUCCAGCGGGAGUUACUUUGUCAAGGAUCCAAAGGGGAAAAGCAUUGGAGUGUUCAAACCAAAAUCUGAAGAGCCUUAUGGACAUCUAAAUCCAAAGUGGACCAAAUAUUUUCACAAGAUUUGUUGUCCUUGCUGCUUUGGCAGAGGCUGCCUCGUUCCAAAUCAGGGAUACCUCUCUGAAGCUGGUGCCUAUCUUGUGGAUGACAAGCUGGGGCUAGGAGUUGUACCGAAAACUAAGGUUGUCUGGCUUGUCAGUGAGACCUUUAACUACAGUGCAAUAGAUCGUGCAAAGUCAAGAGGAAAAAAAUAUGCUUUAGAGAAAGUGCCAAAAGUUGCGAAAAAAUUUAAUCGAAUUGGACUACCUCCUAAGGUUGGCUCCUUCCAGCUGUUUGUUGAAGGAUAUAAGGAAGCUGACUACUGGCUCAGGAAGUUUGAAACUGAUCCUUUGCCUGAGAAUACGAGGAAAGAAUUUCAGUCCCAGUUUGAAAGACUGGUUAUCUUAGAUUAUGUCAUCAGAAAUACAGACAGAGGUAACGAUAACUGGUUAGUCAGGUAUGAAAAACAAGAUGAUGGAACUGAUCUGUCAGAUAAGGAUAUCCAAUGGACUGUAGCUAAAGAAUCUAUUAUUAAAAUUGCUGCAAUUGACAACGGGUUAGCAUUUCCUUUUAAGCAUCCUGAUGAGUGGAGAGCAUAUCCCUUUCAUUGGGCUUGGCUUCCUCAAGCAAAAGUUCCUUUCUCUCAGGAGACCAGAGAUCUAGUUCUUCCUCGUAUUUCUGACAUGAACUUUGUACAGGAUCUUUGUGAAGAUCUUUAUGAACUGUUUAAGACUGAUAAAGGGUUUGACAAGGCUACUUUUGAAAAUCAGAUGUCCGUUAUGAGAGGGCAGAUAUUAAACCUUACUCAGGCAUUAAAGGAUGGAAAGAGUCCCCUUCAGCUUGUUCAGAUGCCACGUGUGAUUGUGGAGCGAAGUAGCACUGGAAGUCAGGGCCGAAUUGUUCAUCUGAGUAAUACGUUCACACAAACCUUUCAUAGCAGAAAGCCUUUCUUUUCCUCCUGGUAGCAACAAAGAUAUACGAGAAAAAUAAAUGUGUCUCAUUUUGUAAGCUACUUUUGUGUAAAGGCUCUGCAAUAAUGUGAUUUUUGCUGUAUACCAAGAGCUCUGACUGCCGACACCUCAGAACUUAAGAAAUAUAUUUUGAAUGUAAUCAAAGUUUACAAUUUUUGUGUCAAAAUUGUGAAUUCUUAUGUCAGGGAAUGAGAAGAACUUGUCUAUACUGUAUUUUUAUAGACUAAAUUAAUGUAUUCUGAAUAAUAAAGGGAAGAUGCACAGUUUGCAUAUGCUGAUAUAUACUUUUGAAUACAAUAGAAAUUCUAUUAUUUAAUGUAAAGAGGAGAACCUAUUCCCUAUCAAGUUCUUUUUAUAUGUUCUUUAAAGAAGAAGCUCAGAACGUUAUCCUUGGUUGUGAAAAUGCUUUUCCAUGUAACUUCUUCCUGAUAUCCUAGGCUAUUUAUAGGUUUUCAUAGGCUAGUUACUUAGGGGGAGGGGGGAGUCAUGCAUUUAAGACAAAACAAAACAAAACUCUUUGACACCUGAGUAACAGAAUGUGGGGAAAAUAUGGUCCAAAUGUAUGUGUAUGUGGUUUUUUUGAAAGUGGGGAUCAAGAAUAGUAGUUUCAUAAUUUUAAUUAUGGCAAAAUCCUGCCCCCUGGUAAGUACAUACAGUUCCUACGGUAACUAAAUAAACGAGGUGUAUAUUUCAGAUGGUGAAACUUCCUCUGUAGCUGUUUUAACUUGUGUAUUUAAAUACAGGUACGGAGAACUCAUAUUUCUCUAUAGACCCAUCACAGAAUAAUUAUACAGUAUUGUUACAAGUUUGGUUUGCCAUAUGCAUAUAAAUGUGUAUAAUUACAGUGUGUUCAUCAGCGGUCACAAAACUGGUUCUUUGCUAUUAUUGACAGGAGCACUGAUGUGUUCCUCACUAAGCCAGCCUGCCUUCUAAAUUCCUAUCCAAAUACACCAUUGUAUUUGACCAGAGAAAACGAGUGUAAAACAUAGAGUACAGAGACUUAUUGUUGGACCCAUAGCAGUGUCUGCCUCUUCUGCCAAUUUUCAUUUGCUUUUAUAUUUAAGUUAUGUAUUUAAGACUUGCUGGUUACAUAAGCCACCAAUUUGGAAAAGUGACAUGAUAAAUAUUUUUAUUUUAGUAAUAUUCUGGGCAGUUGAAAACAGGAAUGGGAGAAAAAUUGCUGCUUUUAUGAAACCUUCAGUAUUUCAGACAUCUCUGUAUUUUGUAAUUCUAAGCAAUACUGUUGAACUUACUAUACUUUUAUAUGAUUUUGAGUGAAUGUAAAUAUUUAUGUAGCAUGUCAGCAAUUCACUUGAUUAACUGAAAUGUUUAAGCCUUAAAUGUAAAACUUACUGUACUGUGGGGUUUAAAAUAAGACUGAAAUGACCACCUUUAUAAAGUUUCCAUGGUUUGUUUUUUAUCCAAACAGCUUAUUAAAAUUUAAAGGUGUUUAAGUAUCAGACUCAACUUCUCAAGACAAUAAAUGUCAUAAUCUAAAACGCA